AUUAACAUUAAUUUUGAUCACGUCACGAAGAGAUUCUGAUAGUCUGGGUAGAAAUGAAGGAACACGCAAUAUUUUAAGGAUGUUUCGCGUCGUAAUAUGAUAAGACCUAUAAAUUCAGUAAUUGAUGGUUCUUUAUCAUUUUUUGGCUUUGAUUCUCGUGAAACUACUAUUGAGGAUUGGAAUGAACGACGGUUGAGGUAUUUAAUAAAACGUUAUGGAAGCAUAAAAGGUGAUCGUUUAACAGUUCUGACUGCCUCUCCAGCUCUAUGCGAUAUAUCGAGAUCGUCGUUAAGACAUCGUCUGGCUUCAAGUUCACAUUCUGUACCAAUGAAGAUUAUCAAUAGACGAAAAGUCUCUUUUGCUAAUUCUUCUGUCGUGCCACCGAUUGAAUCUCAGAGACCGGUUUAUCUACGUGAAUUGAGUAGUAUCACGAAUUUUAGUCUCCCAGUUGCACCUGCUGCAACUUCUGCUCAUAAACCGCACGCAAUGAAAGUUAUCCUAUCAGCUAUGUGGAAUCGUCGAAUGUUACGAACUCGUAAAAAGUUGGAAGGCAUCGAAGUUAAUGACACUGGAUUUGAACGCUUUCAUUCAGCUCCAACUGGUAGAAUAUUCUUAUUAGAUACAACAGAUACUCAUUUUAACAAUGAUAAGUGGGUAGCUCUUAAAGAUGCUAAAAAUGAAGAAACACCAUUUCUAGCUGUAUCGUCAACAAUACCAGUCGGUGGUGAAACUAGUGUUAAUACUGUUAAUGAUAACAGUCAUAAUGAUAUAAUCAGUUAUGAUGCUUCGAUGGAGCAACAGAAAUCAAAUGAUAUUGUCGAUGGUCAUAAUGAUAAUGUUAUUAUUUCCCAAUGUAGUCCGUCAUCAUUUGAUCUACCUGCUACAUAUUCAUUUUUUCAACAUUCCAGUAGUUCUGCCACUCGAGAAAUAAUCGGUGAAAAUCGCCCACGAACAAGUACCACAGUAUCACCGAUAAAUUUUCGUCCUAGUCCAGUAGUAAUUCCAUCUCUUUCAAGGCGUUUAACUGAAAGCUUAUUGACUCCAACACGUUGGGCUUCAGCAAUUAUCUAUCCGCAUAAAGAUAAUUUUACAGAAGAUAUUUUUCGUAAUAAAACAACUGAAUAUAUAGAGUAUAGACCAUAUUUUACAUAUUGGAUAUCAUUUAUUCAUAUAUUGAUUUUUAUUGCUGGUUCAAUCGGUUACGGAUUUGCACCAAUUGGUUUGGGGAUAACUACACGUAUUGUUGGCAAAGUGUUACUGCCCACAUUGACUAUUGAUCAAGUUUGUUGGAUAGAAUAUGAAAAUUUAUGGAUAGGUCCAAGGCAAACAGAUUUAGUCCGAUUAGGUGCACGUUUUCCGCCUUGUAUGCGAUUCGAUCCAGUAUUACAUGAUUCAGUGAUUAAACGUCAAAAGAAAUUUGAUCGUGCUUCGGGAUGUUGUAUUCGUAAUGAUGGUGGUGGUUGUUAUCAGACGCAUAGAGAAUUAUGCUCUCGUACACUAGCUACAUGGCUUCAUUAUGAAACAGUUAAUUUCAGUAAGCCACAAACUAAAGAACUACUUUCGACUAAUAUUGCAGAUCGUGAAAUUCACGUACAUAUAUUGAAGGCUUCUCAUCCUGAAAAUAAUUCUCACAGUCAUAAUAAUAAUAUAUCAAGUAUUAUACAUUCUCUACGUUCAACACGACUUGUUGGUCAAGCUGGACCUGUAUGUGGAUUAGAUCCAGAUUUUUGUGCUCGACCACGUUCUAUUGGAGCAUUUGCUUGGUCCGAGACAGAUGUUACUAAAUGGCCUGUAAAUGUAAACAUAUUUUGUCGAUUUCUGUUUUUUUACUCCGUAUACCCCGUUAAUCCCUUUUAAAUAUAGGUUCUGUACGACACCCAAUAUUCACAAGACAAUGACAAACUGACUAAUCCUCUACCUAUCAACUAAUGAAUACGAUACAACCAUUCGUUGAAAAGCAUCAUACUGCAAUACGUUGUAUUCUGUUUCAGAUGUUUAGAAGCAAUAAGUGGUACCAAAUAGUUUACAUUCGAACGACUGAAGAAAAUAUGUCAGUGUGCUUAAAGUCCUCAGUAAAUACCACUUUUUAUUAAUACUAUCCAUCUACUGGAAUCAAAGUAAGCGGAAGAAUAGUUGAUUUAAACCCAGGGACAAAAUAAUCGAAAGUCAAAUGUCCAUAUCCAUUAUGUCAGCUAAGUUUAAAAAUGUAGUUAUGUAUAUUUUGUCUGAAGUUCAAACUCAGUGGUUCGAAACAUUGAUAUUCAAUCAUUGCUUAACGCUUUCGAACCCUUUCCAAGCAGUAGCAUUUGAACUACUCAGUCUACUACAGAAAAUUUUAUACGAGGACUUGGAUUUAUAUUCUUGUCAUUAUUUGAUGAUUAUGCUAACUUGAAAGUAAUUUUAUUCACAUUCAGACUUGUCUUGUAUUUUAAUGCAUUGGAAAUUAACAGAUGAGCUGAAAAAAGAUAGUUUUUUCCAUUUGAUAGGAGUCAUCAAAUAUUGAAUUAACUAGUCAUUGAAGCUUUUGGUGGCAAUGAUAAACUUGAAAAUAUCGAUAUGGUGUCAUUAACUGUGAAAAUAUUUUCUGUUAAGUUUAUGAAACUAUUUUGCUUCCCAAUGAUUCGAGUAGAUGAAUGUGUACUACUGAGGUCAGUUUUGUAUCUUAUCAUCUAAAUUCAAAUAGUCAGUUCUACUGUCCCUAUGAUCUUACCUAACACAUUUGUAACUUUGCUGUAAGGACCAUGGUUCAUGAAUUGGAUCAUCAGUUUGAACUAUGAUCCACAUUUGGCUAUCUAUUUCUCAUUAGUUAUUGCUAGCCCCUUUACGAACAAAUAUCUGUACAUUUAUUACACAAUUCUAUUUACAGAACUAAAAACAACAGUUAUUAGCCGUUUACUGUCAAUUCAUAUCUCUGUAUUAAACAGUUUUGAAUAUUAUAAUUCGAGUAAAUAUUACUGUUUUCAUGAAUGUACUAUGAAUGUUUUGUUCAUUUUAGAUUUGUGAAUUACCUGAUACUGUACCAAAUAUGGGUGGUUAUGCACCACAUAUGGAAUGUCAAGUAACUGGUCAUCCAUGUUGUUUAGGCAUAAAAGGUGAAUGCAUUAUGACUACACAAGAACAUUGUGAUUUUGUUCGAGGAUUUUAUUAUCCAAAUGCUGCACUAUGUUCACAAGUAAAUAAAUUCAACUUGAUAAUAAUGACAAUUUAUUUUUGAGAAGUAAAAUUGUUCCGUUUUAUCCCCUCACCCAUACAUUGCAACGAUGUAAGAAUGUUUGAGAUUUGUUUCUUCACUGAAUACAAAAUAUUACUUCAGGACUGAUCUAUGUCAACGCAUAUUUUGACUGUUGGGAAUAGGUUAGCCCAGCAUUUUAUUUUUUGAUGUGAUGUAUCUCGACGGAGAUUUAAGAAGCUCGCUUUUUAUUUACGAAUAUAGCACCACUUUGGGACAGGCGAGAUAAUCGGCUGUUUGUCGUAAAGAAGAAGCUGUUCCACUCGUAUUGCUUUAAGGCUGUGGGAUAUGGUUGAUAAAAGCGAAAACUCGCGUAGGUUGUAAUGAUUUGAUUAAAAGUAUCUACAAAUGUUCCUUACAUCUAGUGAAAUUAUUAAAUGCGUAAUGCUGAGUUUUGCGUACCGUUUCAUUUAAAAAUGAAAAGCUGAUCAGUGAGGUUGUAAUUCAUUAUUCGUUGAGUGUCUUCUAUGUCUCCCUAACUUUUUUAGUCUGACUUUUCUUCACUUCUUUCAUGGUAGCUGGGUUUAUUUUCUCUUUUGUUCAUACAAGAAUUAUCUACACCCAUAUUCUCAUAAGUUGAAUUUCUUUACUGAUCUCUUUAGUUAUUACUAAUAUUAAUUACGAUUGUUUCUCUGGUUUUAGGUGAAUUGUUUAAAUCAAAUUUGUGGUAUGUCACCUUUCAUAAAUAAUGAAUACCCAAAUCAAAUGUAUCGAAUAUUCACUUCAUUAUUUCUCCAUGCUGGGUAGGGUUUUAUCGUCAUUAUUUGCUUUCAAAUUACAGAAUUGUAUUUAAACCGUAUAACUAUAUAUGUAUGAUAUGAAAAUACUUUCUAUCAAGAACUGACAUCCAGCUGAGGAAUCAUUGAAAAUUGGAAUGUUCCAAACGACUAUUUUGUCAUACAUUCUCGGUUAUCUUUAUGUUCCAGCAAGAAAUUGUGACCAUUGGGGUUCAUUCAACUUAGGUAAGAGACAUAUCACAAAUGCUGUAGCGAACACGAACACGAGUGGGGACAACCAAAUGUAUUUGAACACAAAAUUACAGAAUCUCUUAACAAAAUCAGAGAACCAUGCAAUAGAUUCUUCAUUUGCAAAAUGUCAGUCAGUCGUCUCAGACUUUACUGUUCCUUCCUUUCCACACCAAUAAAUCUCUGUUUUCAUUCUCUUUUCUUUGAUCUCCUUGACCUUCUGCCGCCAGACAUUUCACUUUCGAUCGAUCAUACAUACUGCUUAUAUCUGUCGACAUCAGUAGCACACACCACAAUGGUACUGGAUGGCGUUCUCUCUGUAUCGUAAACUAAUUAAAGUUAUAGAUGUGAACAAUGGAAUAAUAACCUGGGUUCUUAAAGGCAUCUUGAUCCCUUGGAUGUAUGAAAGUUUUGGGUUCGAUUUUCUAGUCGGAUUACUCACUGUUGGGGAGUUUGUCUUUGAGAAAAAAAACAUCUGCAUACUUUAUAAUAAAUGCUGUUUAUCUCAAAUCAGCUGAAGAACAACAUCCAAAUUGAUAAGAUGUGAUGCAUAAAAGCUUAUGAUUGCCAGCUAACACGAGAUCCUUGUCUAGGAUUUUCUGUUGAGUGCCUCUUAUCACCUAACAAUUAUUAUUUCCAAAGAACUCGUGACUAAAUAAAAAAAUAUAAAUCAGUCAACACAGUUUUAUUCACUAGACAAAAUAGACAGAUUGAUGUUACAUUUGACUCCUUUAACUUGCUUUAUUCAUAAUAGUGUGCAAAUAUGAAGUCGGAUUGAUAAGAAUCAAUUGCAUAGACAUGCAAACUGAAAACGUAAUAAAAAAAGCGAGUCAGCCGUCUUAUCUUAAUGUGACAUCAUGAUCCAAAUCCUCUGAGCAAAAAUUGUAGACCGUAGUUUUACUCUUGGUAAGCUUUAAUAGCAUCAGGAUCUACCUUUCAAUGGUAAGCAAAAUCAUGAUUCUUCCAAACUGAAAACAUUGGUCAUUCACCGUCCGAACUGUGAAAUUUAAUGAUUGUUUGGGACUGUGUUCCAUACAGUUAUAUCACGUAAUGACUUACCGAAGUAAAAAAUGUCAGUUUCUUCCUGAAUACUUUUUCCAUCCAUGUGCUAUCGAUUUUUUUCUAGUGUAUUACAUUUAAUCUUGUCCCUUGGUGUUCAAAUGAUUUUUAUGCGAGACUUGGAAAAAAUGAUUGGUUGGCAUCGUAUCACUUUAGUGUAUAUUUUAUCCGGUUGUAUUGGAAGUUUAACAUCUGGAAUAUUCUUACCAUAUCAAGUAAGUCAUUUGAUUUGAUUAAUAAAUGGAUGUAAACCUAGAUUUGUUUAAAAUAAUUAAAUCUAAAUAAACACUGAAGAGGAUUUGUUGCUCUAGUAGAUGCUUUUGGUAGUGUUCAAUUCCGAAACUUCUGUUAUCCCUAUUGACCAUAUCACUAAUCCCUUCACUUAGAAGUGAGCUUUCUGAUUAUUUAAUGAACAUUAAAUCAUUCUAUCAUGAUGGCUAUCUACCAACC